UAUAAAACCGUGCGCCGGCGUCCGCGCGCUGCCGCUGACCUUCGCGUCUCCUCGGGUGCCGGCCGCCGCCCGCUCCCGUCAUGGCGCCCAGGAAGUUCUUCGUGGGGGGCAACUGGAAGAUGAACGGCGACAAGAAGAGCCUGGGCGAGCUGAUCCACACGCUGAACGGCGCCAAGCUCUCCGCCGACACCGAGGUGGUCUGCGGAGCCCCUUCCAUCUACCUGGACUUUGCCCGUCAGAAGCUGGAUGCGAAGAUUGGGGUUGCAGCACAGAACUGCUACAAGGUGCCGAAGGGCGCCUUCACGGGAGAGAUCAGCCCUGCCAUGAUAAAAGACAUUGGAGCUGCGUGGGUGAUCCUGGGCCACUCGGAACGACGGCAUGUUUUUGGGGAGUCUGAUGAGCUGAUUGGGCAGAAGGUGGCUCAUGCUCUGGCUGAGGGCCUCGGAGUUAUUGCCUGCAUUGGGGAGAAGCUGGACGAGAGAGAAGCUGGCAUAACCGAGAAGGUGGUUUUUGAACAGACCAAGGCCAUUGCUGAUAACGUGAAGGACUGGAGUAAAGUGGUUCUUGCCUACGAGCCAGUUUGGGCUAUUGGAACUGGUAAAACUGCAACUCCCCAACAGGCUCAGGAAGUUCAUGAGAAGCUGCGGGGGUGGCUGAAAAGCCACGUGUCUGAUGCUGUUGCUCAGUCAACUAGGAUCAUCUAUGGAGGUUCCGUCACUGGCAGCAACUGUAAGGAGUUGGCCUCUCAGCAUGAUGUGGAUGGCUUCCUUGUUGGUGGAGCUUCUCUCAAGCCAGAGUUUGUGGAUAUUAUCAAUGCCAAACACUGAAGCAGCCUGUGAGGAGCAGUCCCUUGUGGUUGAGAGCAAGAAAUGGAAGCAAGAAGGGACCUUUUGUGGCACACAUGUCAGUACAGAAGCCUCCUCUGAGGCUUUCCCCCUCCACAGUCAUUGUUCUAGCUGUGCUGCUAACCACCCACACACAUGUUGGAGUCCUGUUAGUGGGAGCCUGUCCUGGCAGAGUCUUGACAGCCUCCUCUCUGAAUUGGCAAAAUCCUCAUUGCCUGUUGACCUGUAAGAGCCCACAGUCAACCUGGCUAGUGCCUCCCCCUUUCCCUGCAGUGCUGGAGGGAGAGAGAGGGCCACUGGUGCUGGGGAAAGGAAAAAGAAUCUACAGUCUCCUGCAUCCUUCAGCUCUUGUCAGCAAGGAGCCUGUCAGCUUAGACCCUUGUGAGAUGUCUUACCUAUGUCCCAUACUGAACAAUAAAUAAAAGAAAGAAAAAGCAAA